UGAGAGAGGAGAGCAGCAAGACUUCCUCAGGACUCGUCACACACAACCUAUUACUGGAAGAGUCUGGAUGGACGUCUCCGCUUCCACUUGUUCUCUCAAAAAAGCAGCCAUGAAAUCCCCACCAACCGAGACCGGACCCCCAAAUCCCGAAGAAGAAAAACACGAGGACAGCGAGGCGGGGGGGAAGUCUAAAGGGCAAAGCGGAAGCGAAAAGGAUUCUGGGUACUCAGACAGCAGCUCAGAGAGCCUCAGCUCAGAGGAAACAAAUGGAUCUACAAGCAUCAAUGGACCAGGAUCUGGGCCGCAGGGCACAACCGCCAUGCAGACGGCGUUUACUCCUAUCUAUAUACUGCAGAAUGUCGUACUGAAACAGUCUCGGCUCGUCAUCCUCCAGCCUCAUGUACGUCGCCAUCGGAAACGCCCCUCCCCUUCAUCCUAUCUUCCCAUUCUUCGAUCCUAUCCCAGGAUAGCUCCACGCCUAGCCCCUCCCCCCUCUCCAGUGCCCCUCAGUACCACAUCCCCCGAAAACAGACCAACCCCUACCCUCCUGGAAGUCUCGCUGCGCUCUCUGGCGUUACUGCGACGGAACCUGGAGACGCAGCGCUCCAUCCGAGAACUGAGGGCCCACGCUAGACUAUAUGAAAGGGCCCUCCAAGGGGAAGAGGGGGGAUGGGAACAUCUACAGAGAGCCAUGGAAGAGAGUGGAGGGUACCCCAAAAUCGCAUCGUCGUCAGAGACUUCACCUGAACCCGCCACAUCCCAGGAUGUAACCAUGACUUCAUCAGGGGACGCCGACACACACAAUGAGGAAACCAUGACAUCACCGGAGAAAAGUAUGACAUCAUCAGGGACCGCAACAUCUGAAUGUACAGAAGGGAAUGUAUGAUAUCAUCAGAAACAAAGACAAUGACCACCUAGGACUGUGUCCUCCAUCAGGGGAGGCCGAGCCUCGCCCACUAUGUACAUAGAAAGUCUCUUUUAUCAAUCCGUUCCCUGUAGAACCUUUUCCGAAUCUUCCAUUAAAGUCUAUUUUUACAAACUCAA